AUGCGCUACUUGGUUCCGAUCAUCGCCGCUUACUCGGCCUUCAUGGUCCCUAGCUGGGCGCAACUGGUUGCCCACGACGAGACAACCGCUUCGGGGGCUGUCGUCAGCCGCGAUAACGUAAUUUCCACAAUUAAAACGACCGACCUGGGCAACUCUAAAUGGGCUAAGCGUGCCAUAAUUGAUGAUAGAGAUUCCGGGCGUCGAAGCCAACUACAAAACGCCAUCAACGAGUAA